AUGGCUUUGUAUUACAAUUUAGUCUUUGGCUUGCUCGUCAUCGAGAUGGCCUUCUUCACCAUCUUAUCAUUGCCCUUCCCUAGGGCAGUGAGAAGAAAGGUGUUGGCUACCGCCUCUGCUCCUUUCAAAUCUGAACAAGUUCAAAUAGCGCUAAAGUGUAUUUUUGGCUUUGUGCUAGUCCUUUUCAUUGACUCUGUCAACAGAGUCUACUCCGUCACAUCCGAAUUGCAUGCUGCUGCUCCAAACACCAAUGCUCCACUGACCGGAGUACUCAAUGAUAGAUCUGAGGUCCAGGCCAGAAGAUUCUACGCCCAAAGAAACAUGUAUCUCUGUGGCUUCACCUUAUUCUUGACGCUCAUUUUGACCAGAACAUACUCUUUGGUGGCAGAGUUGAUUACCACCAAGGACAAGUUGGAUGAUCUUACCGUCAAUUCCGCCCUGGUUGGAAAGACCAGUGCUGACUCGCCUGAGGUUGCUCAAUUGAGAACCACCUUGGCUUCCAAAGACUCAGACUUGGAGUUGUUGAAGGAGCAGGCUUCCAGCUUGUCUAAGGAUUAUGACACAGCCACUGCCUCUGGUAGAAAGGCCUACUAG